AUGGUCCUGGAUGAGACCACUUUCACCCUUGUGGGUGAGAUGGGCUUGGACUGGUUUGAGGGGGUCACUUCUCUCCAGGACUUGAACGUUCUUGGCAACUUCGAGGCUCGCCCCCACAGCAAGGUGGAGCUUUGGCUCUCUGCCUGCUGGGCGAGGGCAGCAUCCGUGGAAGAGGCCAUGGAUGAUUGGGAGUCGGCCGUGGCUGGAUCUGCACCGGCCCUCCUGUCGUGUUCUGGCAGAAAGUCUUACGCCGUGGUCCCAGUACUUCACCGACGCAUGCCCAAACAUUGCGUGAAGCGUUGUGUGGCUGGCAAUUUCCAAGCUUGA